AUGGCGAGCAACGCAGCCCACAAACUGCUGGUCGCAAACCGUGGCGAAAUUGCAGUGCGCAUCAUACGAACGGCGAAGCGCCUGGGUUUAAAGGCAGUUGCGAUAUACACACCGUCGGAUGCGCUUUCUCCUCACGUCAUCCAAGCCGACCAAACAAUUGCUCUCCCCACUGCCGACCCACCCUCCAGCGAAGCGACUGCGUACCUAUCUGCCGCGUCAAUCAUAUCGAUAUGCAAGCAACACACCGUCACCCUAGUGCACCCAGGCUACGGAUUUCUCUCCGAAAACGCGGACUUCGCCGCUCAAGUCAUCGAUAGCGGGAUGGUAUGGCUAGGUCCCCGACCAGAAGUCAUACGCUCGAUGGGUGUCAAACAUAUCGCGCGAAAGAUGGCAGAGGAGGCUGGGCUUGAAAUCGUUCCAGGCUCCAAGAAUCUGGUCGCGAGCGAAGUCGAAGCCUUGGAGGUCGCGGAGAGAUGUGGUUAUCCCGUUGUAUUGAAGGCGACGGCAGGCGGAGGCGGUAUGGGCAUAUUCGUUUGUAAGGACUCUAUCGAAUUGCAGGAAAGCUUUCGUUCGACUAAGGACCGGGCGAAGGGUUUGUUCUCGAAUGACGGUUUAUUCAUUGAGAAGUACUAUGUGGCCGCCCACCAUAUUGAGAUACAGAUUUUCGGAAAUGGACUCGGGGAAGUCGUCCAUAUGCGAGAACGAGAGUGCAGCGUUCAGCGGCGUCACCAGAAAGUGAUAGAGGAGACCCCAAGUCCGUUUUGUGCGGCAAAUCCCGGGUUGCGAGAAAGAAUGUGCUCGGCGGCAGUCGCUUUGGGACAGAAAAUCAAGUACGGAUCUGCAGGAACGGUUGAAUUUCUCGUAGAUGAUACAACUGCCAAAUUUUAUUUUCUCGAGAUGAAUACUCGAAUCCAGGUUGAACAUCCUAUUACCGAGCAAAUUCACGCUGGUCUCGACAUCGUCGAACUUAUGAUUAAGCAAGGUCCUCGCUGA